GCAACGAUUCGGCAAUGAACACCGACAGCAGUGGUAAGGAUAACAUGGCCGUGGAGGACAACGACGAUCUGAAGAUGGACGAUUGUCUGAAAAGAGAAGGAGAUGGCUGCGAAAAAGAUGAGAAAAACUUUGAAAAUGAUGAGCCGCGCCCUUCUUGCUCAGGGAUGCAGCAAAGCUCUAAGCGAUUAGUCGAUGAUCCGGGCGCUGAAACCGCGUCUUUAAAGAAAUGUCGUGGGAUACCUGCUACUAGAUUCGAUGUGGUCAUGGAGAAACACCUAACCUACGAAUCCAGCGAAAAGCUAAAGCCAUCUAGCAACGGUACGAUGUGCUAUUUUCAGUUUCUGAUAGAUGACCAACCAAGCGAACGCGUAAUUUUGAAGGUCGACGAUCAACUUGCACCCAUUAUGGCUUCAAAAUUCCGGGAGUUUUGUACUGGUAAUAUACCUCCCGGAUACCUAGGCUCAUUAGUAUUUCCGCAACACAUAGGCCUCAAUGGAUUGCCGGCCUCUAAUAGCAUUCCUUCUGUGAGGGGAGGGCAAAUCCUCGAUCAUGAAAAUCUUCUGUUCAUUGCUGAUGUCUCGAGACUACCGCCCAAACUUGGCUCUGUUUUUUUCACCGUCAAAGAAGACAACGUUUGGGGAACACUUGUUUCGCCCGAUUUCCAAAUCCUCUUAGGAGAGCCGAUCUCGGAUACGAAGACGACGAGCACAGUUUUUGGCCACGUAGUCGUUGGCCUUAACGUUUUAAACAGGAUUAGCAAGAUCCGUCAGGUCAACGAAAGUAAUUUUGCAAACGUAAUAGACUGCGGUGUUAUUUAAUUAAAUUUAUUUUCCGUUUAUGCUUAACUUCUGU